AUGCCUCAUCACGAGUCGCCCCCCAUGCCGCCGGUCAUGGUGACUAGCAAGACGGCCGCCCCUUCGCCCGACGAUGUCGCCCAGAUCACCAAGUCGAUUUACGGUUCAAAGACGUCGCAGGAAUCUCUGGACGCAGCAUACUCGCUCACCGAUGUUCUGCUCAACAGUGUAGGCUUCCGCGGUCUCACCGCAUACAAUAUCCUUCCCGAGAUCAUCAAAGCUGCCGGAAACAAGAAAGAUGUUGGCAAGCGAGAAGGUGCCAUGUUCGCUCUGGGCGCAAUCUUCGAGCGAUUCCCUUCCAAAGCGCCCUUGAGCGAGGUAAUCUUCCUGUUGCAAGAGACUGCCUUGGUGGGUUGUGCGCUGGAUUCUCUUGCCGACCGACAAUCGUCUAUCAAGGAGGGAGCCCGCUAUGCGCUCGAUGCACUGUACGGACACCUCUCGUCCGAGGCCAAGGUGUACGGCCUCCUGCCACUGAUUCAGCAAUAUCUGCGAAAGAGCACGGGCAAGUGGCAGGGUACAGUCGGGGCAUUUGAGCUCAUGGGACGCAUGGCAGACGAUGCGAAGAUGGGGACGGAGAGUAAAGAGGUGGAACAGAACAAGGAUGUCUUGAGAGAAUCCAUGGGUAGACAGCUGGCAGGUCUGAUUCCGAUCGUGGAGGCUGGCAUGCACGACUUGAAGAGCGAGGUUUCCAAGCAAGCCCUCAAGACCAUGAACAGCUUGACUGAUUUGCUACAAAACGACGAUGUUGCACCGCGGAUACCCAUCUUGGUCGCAGCUAUGGAAGACCCAAGCACCGACGCGCAAAGGAAAGCAAUCCACGCGCUCAGCCAGACUACUUUCGUUACAAUCGUAACAUCGCCCGUCCUUGCCCUCCUGACACCACUUCUUGAACGGUCACUCAACACGCCUACAACAACCCAGGAAGUCUUGCGCCAAACAGCUGUGGUUGUGGAGAAUUUGACGAAACUCGUUCACGACCCAAUCGAAGCUCGCAACUUCUUGCCCAAGCUCAAGCCUGGUAUCCAGGCUGUGAGGGACGGCGCAUCGCUUCCUGAGGUGCGCGAGAUUGGCCAAAGAGCAUACGAUGUUAUGAUGAAAGCCAUGGGCGACAUGCACAAUGGUGACAGCAAGGUCCAGGAAGCCAUGGACCGUGUGAAGCCUGAGGAAACUCUGACCUUACUGGAGAAGGAGAUUCAACAAAAUGGCGGUCUUCUGAACUACCCAGGAGAUUCCGAAGUCUGGACCUUUGCCAAGAAAUACAUCUCAGACAUCGUGGCCGAGGUCGUGAACCAGCGUCUAUUGGAGAGGGUCACGAAGAACAUCACACCGUAUUUGCAGCCUCUGAUGGACGAUGGAAAGGCCGACGCUGUCGCUGCAGCCAUCCACGGAUUUUAUGUGGCCGAAGAUCAUCGCAAGUACGGCAAUCCAGUCCAGAUCGAAGAUGGUGAGACAGAGAUUGUCAACGCCAACUUCUCGCUCGGCUACGGAGGAAUGCUUCUGCUCUCGCACACGAACCUGCGCCUUCUCAAAGGCCACAGAUAUGGUCUCUGUGGUCGAAAUGGAGCUGGAAAGUCUACUCUGAUGCGCUCCAUCGCUAACGACAAGUUGGAUGGCUUCCCACCUCAAGAUGAGGUCAGAACCUGCUUCGUAGAGCACAAUCAAGGGGAGGAUGCUGACCUGACGAUUCUGGAGUACUGUCUGAAGGAUCCAGAACUGCAGAACGAGGGCAAGGAGCGCAUUGAGAAUGUCUUGGAAGAGGUGGGUUUCACCCGUGGCGCAGAAGGCCGACAACAGCAGAAGGUGGGCAGUCUUUCUGGAGGCUGGAAGAUGAAGCUCGCUCUGGCCAGAGCUAUGUUGAUGCGCGCCGAUGUCUUCUUGCUGGACGAACCGACGAACCACCUGGAUGUUGCGAACGUGAAGUGGUUGCAGGAGUACCUUAAGACUCACACCGAUAUCACUUCGCUUAUCGUGUCCCACGAUUCUGCUUUCUUGGAUGAAGUCUGCACGGAUAUCUACAACUACGAGAACAAGAAGUUGGUCCACUACAAGGGCAAUUUGGCGGAUUUGGUCAAGGUCCGCCCUGAAGCGAAGAGCUAUUACACGCUCAGCGCAUCGCUGGUGUCGUUCAAAUUCCCGCCUCCUGGUAUCUUGACCGGUGUCAAAUCCAACACUCGCUCUAUCCUCCGCAUGACCAACUGCAAUUUCACAUAUCCUGGCGCAUCGAAGCCCAGUCUCAACGACGUGUCCGCUCAGCUGAGUUUGAGCAGCAGAGUCGCCAUCAUUGGACCAAACGGUGCCGGAAAGUCUACACUGAUCAAGGUCUUGACCGGUGAAGUCAUCCCUCAGACUGGCAAAGUCGAGAAGCAUCCCAACCUGCGGAUUGGUUAUAUCAAGCAGCACGCUCUCGAGCAUGUCGAAAUGCAUCUCGAGAAGACGCCUAACCAGUAUUUGCAAUGGCGGUAUGCCAAUGGCGACGACCGGGAGGUACUUAUGAAACAGACGCGGCAGCUUACCGCAGAGGACCAAGCGCAGAUGGACAAAUUCAUCGACCUCGGAGAUGGCAAGGCGGCGAGACAACUUGAGGCUUUGAUUGGUCGACAGAAGUACAAGAAAAGCUUCCAGUAUGAGGUCAAGUGGAUCGGAUGGUUGCCAAAGUACAACUCCAUGGUUUCUCGCGAGACUUUGAUGGAGUGGGGAUUUCAGAAGCUCAUCCAGGAAUUCGAUGACCACGAGGCAAGUCGAGAGGGUCUUGGAUUCCGUCAACUGGAACCCAAGAUCAUCUCGAAACACUUCGAGGAUGUUGGCCUUGACCCCGAGAUUGCGAACCACAAUGAGAUCUCCGGCUUGUCUGGUGGUCAGAAGGUAAAGGUUGUCUUGGCAGGUGCGAUGUGGAACAACCCUCAUUUACUGGUGCUUGACGAGCCUACCAACUUCUUGGACCGCGACUCGCUUGGUGGUCUCGCUGUUGCUAUUCGCGACUACAAGGGUGGUGUUGUCAUGAUCUCCCACAACGAGGAAUUCGUUGGCGCACUCUGCCCUGAACAGUGGCACGUCGUCGAUGGUCGACUCACUCAGAAGGGUCACCUUGCCGUCAGCCUUGACCGCUUCGAAGACUCUCGUCCAGGCUCCUCUAUGGCUUCCUCCGCGGCCGCUUCCACGGUUGCUUCUUCCGCGGCUGCCUCCGCUGCUGGCACACCUAUCGGCUCUGGUGCGCAGUCCGAGGCGGAAGGCGCACCGGCGGAUGAUAUGAAGUUCAAGGCGAAGAAGAAGAAGAAGUUGACGAGAGCGCAGAUGAAGGAGCGUGAGGUGCGGAGACGUUUGAGACAUAUCGAGUGGCUGAACUCACCUAAGGGAACUCCUCAUCCCCCGGAUACGGAUGAUGAAGCCUAG